GAGCUCGCGCCCUGCAAAAUCCUUUGCUAUAUUUAGAGAAGUUCAGGACUUUUCAUAUUUAUUCCGAAUUUUUAUUUUAAUUUUUUUUCUUCGAAUUUUUCCUUUCCAUCUCCGAUGCUUCGUCUUGCUCAAGCUCAGAAAAUAUCUAUUUAGGGUUAGGGUUUACGAAGAAAUCAGUUACCGACAAGCAGACAACCAUGUCUCUUCAAUGAAACAGGUGAGGAUUGAGAAUUUGGAGUUUCGAUUUCUGGCGCCGGUAGGGUUAUUGUUGGUGGUGAAUGGCCGCUGCGAAUCCUCAGCCACUGCAGGCGCGUCCGUUUGAGGAGCACGGGCGAGCGCCUAUACAGAUCGAGGAUGAUGAUGCCGAGUAUGAAGACGACGGCAUGGAUGAUGUGGAGGAUGGAAAUAUGAAUUCUGUGAAUGUUGCGGAGCAUGGACUUGGGAGUGCUGGUGGUGGAGCUGGAGGUGGUAUGGUUAUGGCGUCGAGGACUAGCGAGCUUACUCUGUCUUUUGAAGGAGAAGUUUAUGUAUUCCCAGCUGUUACACCAGAAAAGGUGCAAGCUGUGCUAUUACUGCUUGGAGGUCGAGACAUACCCACUGGUGUUCCCACAAUUGAAGCACCCUUUGAUCAAAAUAAUAGGGUUGUGGGUGACACAUCCAAGCACUCAAAUCUUUCAAGACGAAUAGCAUCCUUAGUUAGGUUCCGUGAGAAAAGGAAAGAGAGAUGCUUUGACAAGAAAAUUCGGUACACCGUCCGGAAGGAGGUUGCACAGAGGAUGCAUCGUAAGAAUGGGCAGUUUGCAUCCUUAAAAGAAGGUACAGGGGGUUCAAGCUGGGAUUCUGCACAAAGUGGCAUUCAAGAUGGUAGUCCUCGUGCAGAAACUGUUGUUCGAAGAUGUCAACAUUGUGGUGUAAGUGAGAAUAAUACUCCUGCGAUGCGACGCGGGCCGGCUGGUCCAAGGACUUUAUGUAAUGCUUGUGGACUCAUGUGGGCGAAUAAGGGAACACUAAGAGAUCUCAGUAAGGGAGGAAGGAAUAUUUCUCUGGAUCAAACUGAGCCUGAAACCCCACUUGAUAUCAAGCCUUCAAUGAUGGAUGGAGAUUUUUCUGGCAACCAAGAUAAGCAUGCAGCUUCUGGAAAUCCUUCCAAGGGUUUUUCUGAAGGAGCAAAUAAACCUUCAUUCAACCCAGAUGAAGAAGAGUUGCAUGAAUCUGCAGAUCUUACACAUACCUUGCCCAUGGGAAUUGUUCAUUCUUCUGCGGAUGAUGAUGAACAGUUUUGGGAUCUGCAGGAACCUCUGGUUGAGCUUGCUAAUCCUUCAGAUACAGAUACUGAUAUUCCUUCAAACUUCGAUUAGAAAGUUCCAACUUGCUCCGCUCCAAAUAACAUAGAGAGGGCGAUUCUAGAUGAACUUUAUGCAUUUAUUUCCUCUCAUGUCACGCGCCCCACACAGGUCAGAAAGUUACUGAUGUUUUCGAAGGAAGCGUAGCAUAUUGUGAGUUGUGCCAUGAUUAGGGAACAACCAUGACUUUGAAUUCCAAGUACAGUAAUCAGCUAGUGACGGGAAAGAUGCGAUGCUGCUGCUUUCAAGCUGACGGUAGAUAGUCUAAAGGAGGUUGUUGUUGUUGAUAUAUGUGCUGAAAUCUGUGUACAAAUUGUAAAGAGAAGACCAGAAUAUUUUUACCCGCAAAUAGCAUUGUGAUU